AUGCCAAGAAGAAGCUACUCACCUCCUCGGCAGCUGCCAGAAGCUGAGCCUGAGGAGGUUUAUGGCCCGGAGGUUCAACUGGAAGAGCAAGGCUUCGCGUGGUACAAUCCUGACAAAUGGUACCCCGUCGAAAUCGGACAAAUAUUUGAGUCACGGUAUCAAGUGCUGUUGAAGUUGGGCUUCGGUUCGGCCUCGACCGUUUGGCUAUGUCGCGACCUAAAUUCUACGAAAUGGGCCAUCGCCAAGCUUCAAAUGAAGAAAAGGUGCUUGAUCACUUAUGGCGGGUUGCUUCUGAUCACCCAGGGCGAAAUCUUCUACGUUCGAUCAAGGCCAGUUUUCAAGUACCAGGUCCUAUAG